CUGGAGCUGGACGGCCGCUGCUGAGCUGCAGGAGACAGAAUGAAGGCGUUGAGUAAGUGUCAGGAUGGAUGAGGGAGGUUUGCAGUGGAACAACGCCGCGCCGUUCCGUCUCCGGAUUCCGAGACAGUGGCGCAUCUGUGCGCGUAACUAUCCUCCAUCGGGACACCGGCAGAGAAAUGAGCGUCUGGGGUUGGCAUUCGCUCGAUCAUCAGCGUCAGAAUAAACCGACGGGGGAGUGAAAGGUGCCGUCAUGGAGAAACAAACCAGAGUCAAGGAGGACAUGAAGGAGGAGAAGCGCAAAGAGAAGAAAACGAAAUCUGGGAAGCUUUUCCGAAAGAAAUCUCUAAAGUCAGUGGGGAGCUUUAUGAACAGAAUCAAGAAAACUUUGGGCACUUUCACCCACUUUGGAGACGGAGACGCGCAGGACGCGGAGGACGACGACGGUGGGUUUGGGAAUGGCGCACCGUGCACCCUCACCGCCAGCUCGGGGAUAAUCACCGAGGAUGCACCGGCGGCUUGGGAUAGAGCGGCCAAACAUCCUCCGAGCACAUCUUCAUCUCUGUGCGCCGGCAGAGAGAAGCUGCUUUACCAGUAUGGAGACAAAGUCCCGGGCGUCCUGGGGCUGAAGAACCACGGGAACACCUGUUUCCUGAACGCGGUGGUCCAGUGUCUGAGUAACACCGAUCUGCUGGCGGAGUAUCUGGGGCUGGAGCGCUACAAGCUGGACCUGAGGCAGAGCAGAGGGAACGGGCUGGGGGCUGAGGACAAGCGGCCCCCCAAAGGAGAGGUCACGGAGCAGCUGGCAUCUGUAGUGCGAGCCCUGUGGACUCUGGAGUACACCCCACAGCUGUCAGUGGACUUCAAGACGGUCGUGUCCAAGCACGGAUCGCAGUUUCGUGGUAACUCCCAGCAUGAUGCCUUGGAAUUCCUAUUGUGGCUGUUGGAUCGCGUCCAUGAAGACGUCAUUAAGGCGUUUCACAGCAACAACAACAGCAGGACCAAAACUCCUGAAAAGAGUCCCGGUGGAGCAGAGAAGGGGUCGUGUCCUGACCCGAUCCAGUCCCAGCAGCCCAGGAUCCAGCACAGCUUUGUCCAGGAGCAUUUCCAGGCUCAAUACAAAUCUUCCCUGACGUGUCCCCACUGCCUGAAACAAAGCAACACCUUUGACCCUUUCCUCUGCAUCUCAUUACCCAUCCCUCUUCGCCAGACAAGGUCUCUGUGUGUGACUCUGGUGUUCAGCACCAAAGGGCAGCGGUAUCUACGGGUCGGGCUGGCCGUGCCUCUGUUCGGCUCUGUGGCUUGUCUGAGGAGGAUGGUGGCUGAUGAGGGGAAACUCUCCCCAGACCAGGUGAUCCUGACAGAGGUUUACUCCACUGGCUUCCACCGCUCCUUCUUUGACGAGGACGAUCUAACGUGCAUUGCUGAGAAUGACGUCAUCUAUGCCUUCCAGGCGCCGCCGCUCUACAUCAGAGGGGGCUCUGCACGGAUCUCAGGGUAUCAUCACAGCUUGCCGUCAUCCCCUUAUUCCUCUGGUCCUGAGGGUCAAAGGUUACCUUCAUCUGGAGCAUUAUCAUCAGAGUUUCUCAACCAUGGUGUGCCAGUCAAGAUUCUGCUGCUGGUUUGCAAUGCGGCUGGAAGAGGCCAGCAGACUGUAAGGUUUGGACCUCCAUUCUUGAUGAGGGAGGAUCGGUCUAUUUCCUGGGACCAACUCCAACAAAGCAUCCUCAGCAAACUCUAUUACCUGAUGAUCAACGGCGCUCACGCUCAGAACAUCAGAGUGCUUUUCAACAUCCGAGUGGUGGGAGGAUCUACGUUUUACAACUACCUUUCACCUCAGGACGGUCGACCGCUCUAUCAUCCCGCCGUCGACAGGGCUCUAAAGCUCUGCGGUUCUGGAGGACCUCCUCAUGUGAAGCUCAUCAUUGAGUGGGAACACAGAGUCAAGGACUGUUUGUUCGGUAACAUUCACGAGGAAGUGGUGAAGGAUGCAGACAGCGUGCGAAAUCUGCAGCAGCAGCACGUCCAACAGUUCAGCUGCACGUUGGAUGAGUGCUUCCAGCUCUACACCAAAGAGGAACAGCUCGCCCCAGAUGAUGCCUGGAAAUGCCCCCACUGCAAGCAGCUGCAGCAGGGCAUGGUGAAGAUGAGUCUGUGGACCCUGCCUGACAUCCUCAUCCUCCACCUGAAGCGCUUCCGGCAGGUAGGCGAGCGGAGAGACAAGCUCACCACGUUUGUGCAUUUUCCCCUGGCCGGACUGGACAUGACGCCUCACAUGGUGAACCGCAACAACGGCCCCCAACAACCCCCUCUGCGACAAGGAUGGAAACACAGCAGGCGGCCGGACCUGGCUCCCCCUGACUUCCUGUAUGAUCUGUACGCAGUCUGCAACCAUCAUGGAGGAAUGCACGGUGGCCAUUACACAGCCUUUUGUCGAAACUCAGUAGACGGUCAGUGGUACAGUUAUGACGACAGCACCGUUGAGCCCAUUCCAGAGGCCGAGUUGUGCACGCGUGGAGCUUACAUUCUCUUCUAUCAGAAAAGAAGCACCAUACCCCUGUGGUCUGCCAGCUCCUCAGUCACUGGUUCCACCAGCUCAUCCACCUCUGAUCACUGGUUGGUCCGACUGAACGGAGGAGGAAGCAGCAGCGGCAGCAUGGUCUCCAGUGUUCCCAGUCCGGCCCUUUUAGAACCAGUGUAUGCUCCAGAGUCCCCAGAGUUACCAGUGUUUGGAGAUGAACCUAACAGAGACGUAGAAGGAAAUGGGUCCAAUCGGUUGGUGCAAAGGACCAAAGUUAGGAGUUCAAGUAUGAGGUCACCUGCCAAGCCCAAGGACACCCUGAACAAAGUUCUUCCUAUACGCUGGUCUUUCGGGUCAAAAGACCGCAUCAAGCACUCUGUCCAGGUCCAGUCUGGAGAGCUUGUGGAGUACCUGGAGUCCGGACGCCGGCCCAGAUGCACCAAAGACCCUAUCAUCAACCUGGUGGCCACUCCACCACAAAGGAGAGUGCUUGGAGUUGGCCAGGACUGCAGCUCGCCUAGUGGCAGCAGCCUUAGCUGUACGGACAGAGUCAGCUGUGAUGGAUGUUACUCUCCCAAAAUCCCUGAGGGGCAAAGCCGAGCCGUUCUGGAGAGAAAUGCAGGUCAAGAAUAUGGUAAUGACAGAGAGGUUGUUUCAAGAGAUGAUGACUGCUUGAGGCAGGGUUCUUUGUCUAAGAGAUUGAGAAUUGAUCAGAUUAGAGACCUGGACAUCCACCUCCAGAGAGGGGGCAUUCUGGGUGGGCAUGUAAGCCACAGCGCUCCUCAAAGUAGGGAGUCUACGCUUCGUAGAACCAACGCCCGGACAGCUAGCACCCACAGGGGCCAAAAAGACUUGAUACAGAUGGCUAAAGAACCGGCAGCAGAGGAGGGACAGAGCCACGAAAAUCUCUCGUCAUUUUUCAAGCCAGUUUUCACAAAGAGAGACGUUCCUAGGUCCCCAGCCGAGGACCGAGAGAGGCGACCAAAUGGCCAUGAACACCUGGGAAAAUUGGCAAGCAGUAAUUUAGCCAAACUGUCUCUUUCCAAUGGGACUCUUCCAGCAGCACCGCCAGAGGAGAGGAGAGGCAGUACGGUUCAAAAAUGCGACAGCCAUCACUGCAAAGUACAGUUUGCCAACGGAAAGGCUGGGAAUCAGGAGCCUGUGGAUAUUCAGCGGGCUCACAGCUCCAGCAACAUCCAGACCAAGCUGGACUUCACGUUUCGCAGAUGUGCCUCCCUGCAGAGGAACGGAGAGGUGGGGAUCCCUCAGGCGCACCGGGUCUUGUUGUCAGACAAGCCUGGCUACUCCACCCUGCAGCGGACGCGGUACAGCACCACCUCCCUCGGUAGGCAAAGAGCCGACCAUAAACCCUGUGCCCAUGUAACAGCCAAGAAUGAGCGCUUGAAAUAAAAGGACCUCUCCUCCUGGUUUUCCAAGCAGAAUACCCAGAGAAGCGCCCCCUGCUGGAGGCAUCGCUUGGAACAGACAUCUUUUUAUUUAACCUUUUCAUUGUUCUGUUCUAAGUUCUUACCUGUGUGUGUCUUACAACUAAAUCUAUGCAGAGUUUUAAAAGAUAUGAGGGAAAUAAUUAGUUGUUUUUUUUCUCCACUCACAUUGUGUUCUUUUACUUUGCCGUCUGUUGGGUUCAAUAAUUCACAUUUGGGAAGUAAAGAGGGAUCUUUGUUCAGACUUCCAUGAGAAUUCUCAGGAAUGCAGGAAAUUGUUGAUAAGGAAGCUGGUACUGUAUGUAUUGACAUGUAAGAAACAAAUGUUUGCUUUACAAAUAGGCCAGCCUAUUAAAGACUCUAAAAAGCACUAACACUGGCCUUUAAAUUAAAACACUGGACAAAAGUCGUCUGCUGUUAGAGAGUCCAUGUUCCAAUGAUUUAUUUAUCAAAUUAAUAUAUAAUUAAUGCACCUUCAUUUAAAUGUUCCUACUCUUUUUUUUUUUAGCUCAAUUUAUAUCCACGUUUUUGCUGGCAACUGACCUGUUGGAUGAGCUUUUGAAGGGAACUACAGCUAGCAAAAGAUGGAAGCAGUAGCACAUGAUAUUUAUAUAAGGGUCUAAUAAAUGGAGAUAUAGAAGGCCGUUCUGUAAAUCGAUCUUCCUGCUAUUAGAUGUCAGCGGAAAUUUUUACUCUUUAAAAAAUGCAAAUGUGUAAAAGAAAUAUACUCUCACAUAUCUAUGUCUUUUUUUUGUUUGUUUGUUCGUUUUAUGCAAAAUUGUUCACAUUAUUUCACCUUUAUGGGAAUGUUAUGUGUUGGACCAACACAAAGUAGGGCUUAGAUAUUUAAGUCCUACCACAAUGUCCAAGGAGUAUCUAAAUCUGGACUUUGACUGGGCCAUUUUAACUGAGAAUAGAUCUAAAGCAUUCCCUUUCUCCAGUUCAGCCCAGCAUUAUGCACACCCCUGCUAGAUUAGGGCUUAGGGGAAGGGUUUAUCGUAAACGUCACAACUCUAAGUGGCCCAAGCAGAGUCCCAGCUUUAAUCUGAGGGAAAGUUGCAGAGAUUAACUCGAUAACAAAACUUUUCCAACCUGAAAGACUCCAUAAUACCAGAGGAAACACUUUAAAAAGCUGAUCAACCAUCAAUUGAAGGGUGGGUUAUGUGUGAUAAUAAAAUAUAUAUAUAUAUUAUUUAUUUAGAAGGCUAUAAAUAAGAUGCAAUUUUUAUACCAAACAUAAAUGAUAAUUGGUUGUGUCUUCAUAUUCAUAUUCAGAACACAUUUCACAGAUCUGCGCAGGACAAACUCUACAUGUCUGCUCUGUAUGAACAUGACUUUGGCAAACUGAGAACAGUAUAUGGUUUGGUUUUAUUUUUUUAAGCGUUCUAUAUUCUAAUUCAUGAGUUGCACCUCUGAUACCUUCACUGUAAGCAGAUUCUCCAACCCGAGCUUUGGAUAUUGGCAGCUCCUGACACAUGGAUGGUUCUAUAAUGGGGUCAAGAGGGGCCAGUGCCCUCUGUACUCGAUUAACUAAAUCACUAUUUUAACAUGUCAACUUAUCAUAUGUACUGACAAUUAACCGAGUCCCAUGAGUCUUUAGGACAAAUUAAAGUAUGCUACCUUAAUUUUAACAGUGAUUUAAAAAAAAAAGUUUACAGCUUCAGUUGUAUUUAGCAAUUAUCUCAACCUUUUCAAUGUUCUUUGGCUCAAUUUAUUUAAAAGUUAAAAAUUUCCCUAAUUUUGUUUGGAGUUUUUGUCAUUUUAUUCUGUUUGCCCAUGAAAAAAACACUGAACCCCCCCUGCCCUGUGUGGUAUAUUUAGAUUAAAACCAGCAGAGAGCAAACCAACUUGUAUGCUUAGCUGAUCAAUGCUCUCUCUGCAGGUUUUUUUCAGUUUGUUUAGACAACCACAUGCUGGGAGUUCAAAAGUUAUGCCAUAACCUUGGCAGAUGAAGAACAGAAUACCGUUUUGUGAGAUGUUCAAAUGCUGACAUACUCGGCCGUAAACUAAUCCUGCCCUCAGCAGCUCUGUAAACUUUUCACAAACCCUUGCCUUCCUUGGGCUACAGUACAUAGGGUUGAUUGUUUCCUUUCAAACCUCUGGUACCUUCACACAUCAGCUGCAUUCAUACCCAGAUUACAUUACACACAGGCUGACAGGUUGACUAAUUAGUUUCUUGUUGAAGGUAAUAAAGAUGUUUGGAUUUUCAUCUU